AUGGACCAGUCGGAAUGGGCAUCAGCGUCGACACCCACCGCGAACACCCCUUCACGACAAGCUUUCCCCAAACCGCUCAAUCUUGGCUCGCAACCCGUCGCUUCCAGCUCCACUCCCUCAGGGCCACCGACCACCGACACGCCGAGGAGAGGCCAACGCUCGAGCAUCACAUACAUCGCUUCGCCAGCGACCAGCGUCAAAGCGGACGAAGGGCUGAGUCGGAAUCCCUCCACCUCGUCUGCUUCGAGUCGGACACGCACUGGCUCCAUCAGCAGAGCCACCUCCGGCAGCCUACGACGCAAACCGUCGCAAGCAUCGCAAGGUGCGAGCUCCGACGCAGACGACUGGUUGAUGAGCGAGGAAGAUGCGUCAUUUUCGCUCCCGACCAAAACCAUGGCGGAGCGCGAUUCGGCCAAAGUAGAGGCCCUGUUCAACGACACAGGCUACCGAGAAGGCAUCACCGCCGGCAAGCUGAGCACGCUCCAGUCCGGAUUCGAUCAGGGGUUCAACGAGUCCGGUGCACGCACAACCCGUCUCAGCCUCAGCUCGGACGACUCGCUCCCCAGCACCUCGCACGACCUGCUCCGGCUCAUCGCCGAAAAAGAACGCCACUGUUUCGAGCUCCGCGAACAGCUCUCCACCUCCGAAGCGCAACUUCACCAGCUUCGCACCACCUGGCAACGGCUAGCCACCAAAGAACUCGCCUACUCCGCCCCGCCCUCCACCGGCGCACAUCGACGGGACGGCUCAUCAUCGAGUACGAGCGACGUCGCUGUCGACGCGUGGAACAGUCUCUCCUCCCGACUCCCCAGUAAUCUCAAAACGCAGCUCAACAACCUGUUGGACAGCCUUGUUGACGCACCAGCCGUGGCGGAGAAGGGACGGAAAGCCGCGCCGCCGCCGGUGGCGGUCGACGGCAUGUUGCGCCCGACAGGACUGGGGGUGUUGGAAGAGGAAGGAUCGGACGUUGUCUCUCCUCGAUCGCCACGGUCUCCCGCGGUGGGGACGAGAUCCAGAUCAACCAGUCCCAAUACGACCAUCACCUCGGCACCGAAGCAGGGCAGAUUGGCUUCGCUUGCGGACCGGGAUAGUCGCGCGCUGGGUUUCACCGUGGACGCCAAUGGCAUUGCUACCCCGCUCCCCACUGCGCCGCCAACACCGCCGAAGCCGCAGAGGAGCAGUCGCACAUCCAUCCUCGGCUCGCUAACAGGCUCCGACAAGACGGGCGAAAGCAGCUUCGCCUCGAUAUUCACCAAACGACUCCAGGCGGCGCGGGAGAACGCUUCGGACCUGCUCCGCGAAGCAGAGCGCAAAUUGGGCAAUGCGAUGACGAUCGAGGAGCUGAAUCCAACGGCGAAAACGCCGGGGAUCCAGUUGGAGGAGGCGUCGAACGAUUCGCCGUGGUACAAGGCGGCAGGUGGGGGGUCGAGGCGGUCGCCGAAUUUGCAGCCGACGAGGGUGGAGGAGGAGGGGGUGAGGAGGGCGAGUCUGUCGAGCAGUAGCUCAGAUGGGCAUGGGAGGACGGCGAGUCCCGUCUUAGGGGGUGUGCCGGGUGCAGUGGGCGUGUUUGGGAUGCUCAUGAGCCAAGGUGAUCGGAGGAAGAGUGGCGAUAGUUGGAGUUGGGGUGGCGGAGGCGAGGAUGAGGAGUGGGAUAAGGGCAAGGAUGCCAAGAAGAACGGGUCGGCACGAUGA